UCCAUCUGUGUCCGCUAGCUAUAGACCUUGUUUUGCUUUCUUUGUUUCUUCUCAUCACUUUCUUCUCCACUUUUUUCUUACUUGGAUCUCAUCCCACUCAUUCUGCAAAUUUCUUUCCCUGAUCUUCUUCUAGCUAUCUACCUAGAGCUACAAGCUAGAUAUAAAAAAAAGUUCUAGCUAGGUUUUCUUUUUUAACCUUAUAGCUAGCUGGAUAGAUGAUGAUAAAAUUUUACUGAAUCCUAUCUUCUUCAUAUAAGUCUCUCUGAGUUUGUGGUUGUUAGCUGAAACAAGAAAACAAAAGAAGAUUUUUUUGAAUUGUUGCAAGAGUUUGGUCCAGUUUUAUUCCUUUAUUCUACUUUGUUCUUGAUUUGAAGCUAAGCACAAGAAAAAACAAGACAAAGGAAUUUAUGGGUUUUCUUUUCUUUUCAUGAAGUUGUUGUAGUACUCUCAAGCUCUGGUUUUGUCUGUCUAUGUAAAAAUUUCUUGCUUUUUUUGGAAAAAUGGGGUUUUGAUUAUUUUGUUUUUGAACUGAGAUCCCAAGAUCUAGAGAUGAUGAUGAUGACUCACUGGCCAUAAACAACAACACUAGCUAGAGUAGUACUCUCUUUAUACCAAACCCUAAACAAUAUCAUCAUUCAUCAUCAGCGGAACCCAAGUGAUGAAAGGUCUUAUAUUUCAGCAACAAGAACAGCAGCAGCAGCAGCAGCUACUGGUUGAAGAAAACAUGUCAUCAAAUUUGACAAAUACUACUACUUCUGCAGCAUCUGGUGAAGGAAUUCUAUCUUCUUCAUUGUCACCUCACAAUCAAAGCUCUACCACUACUCUUACAAGUAGUCAAACUCCAUCAGUGAAAAGAAAGAGAAGUUUACCAGGAAACCCAGACCCAGAUUCAGAAGUGAUAGCUUUAUCACCAAAGACAUUGAUGGCAACAAACAGAUUUGUGUGUGAGAUAUGUAACAAAGGUUUUCAAAGAGAUCAAAAUCUACAAUUACACAGAAGAGGACAUAAUUUACCAUGGAAGCUGAAACAAAGGAACAACAAAGAAGUGAUUAAUAAGAAAGUGUAUGUAUGUCCUGAGGUCAAUUGUGUACACCAUGAUCCAUCCAGAGCGCUUGGUGAUCUUACAGGGAUUAAGAAGCAUUUCAGCAGGAAACAUGGUGAGAAGAAAUGGAAAUGUGAGAAAUGUUCAAAGAAAUAUGCUGUUCAGUCUGAUUGGAAAGCUCAUUCUAAAACCUGUGGUACUAGAGAGUAUAGAUGUGACUGUGGUACACUUUUCUCAAGGCGGGAUAGUUUUAUUACUCAUAGGGCAUUCUGUGAUGCAUUAGCUGAAGAAACUGCAAGGACACCAACAAUUUCAAUAAUCAACCCACUUCAGCAGCAGCAUCAGCUGCAACCUCAAUAUUUCCAUGCCCAACAGCAACAACAGCAGCAACAUUACAACUUGAUUAGACCAGAAAUGCCAACAUGGUUAUCCUGCCCACAACCCAUUGAGCUCUCCACUUCCUCACCAUCAAUGUAUUCAACAAGGUUUGAACAAGAUCAAUAUUCACAACAACAAACUCCAACUCAUGAAAAUCAUGAGAAUCAAAAUAAGAAUUACCAACAGCAAAUUUCUUCGCCGUCCGCGGCGGCAUCGUCCCCGCAUAUGUCUGCAACUGCAUUGCUUCAAAAAGCAGCUCAAAUGGGUGCAACCAUUAGUAAACCUUCUUCAUCCUCAGCAGCAACAGCUUCAUUGAUGAACAAUAGAGUACUACAACCCCACCAUAGUCACAUGUCCUCUUCCAAUGGUAAUAAUAACCCUGCUAGUACUACUUCUGUUACUACAACUGAAACUGGUUUUGGUUUAGGUCUGUCUUCACAUGAAGAAGACAUAGAAAAUGGGAGUAGUGAUAAUAAUAAUAGUAACAGUUUUGUUCCUGAUCAUGGCUUGGCCUCUUUUGAUGAUGAUCACAAUAAUAGUACUAAAGCUGCAAUGACUUCUGGUAACUUCAUGGACCACCACAUUUCUGCACAAACUCACCAGCAGCAGCUUCAAGAUAUGAUGAAUUCUCUGUCUUCAGCAAGUGGGGGGUUUGAUAUGUCAUCAUCAUCUUUUGGUCAUCACCAUCAUCAACAAGCUUUUGAUAGUACUAGGAGAUCAUCUAAUGAAUCAAGAGCAUCAUCAACAACAACAACAAAAACCCCAAAACAAAAGGAUGGAAUGACUAGAGAUUUCUUGGGUUUAAGAGCAUUUUCUCAUGCUGAUAUUCUGAAUAUGAAUAUGAGUAUUGGGGAUGGUAAUAAGAAUUUUGAUCAUCAUCUACAACAGCAACAAUGCACUGCUGCUGCUUCUCCUCAUCACUUUGAUCAUCAUCAACAAGUUCAAAAUCAGGAUACAAAACCAUGGCAGCAGUAAUUUUGAGAUACUUGGAUUUUUACAGGAUCUUGCAUUUUAUUUUUUUGUUGGGUGGGGGGAGUUUUGUCUUUUGUCCAUUGCUACUUCAAUUAUUCUCCUCUCCUUACUGUCUGCGAGAAUAAUAAUAAAAACCUUUGAUUAUUUAUUUAUAAUAUUGGCCAUAUAUCCAUCCAUGAAUAUUUUGAUUCGA